UUGCGAAGAACGGCCUGAGAGAGAAGGUGUUUUACGUGGCGGCGGUGUGUAGUCUGGUGGUGGUGGCGUUCGGCCUGCUCGCCUUACAGUAGCUCAUCCCGUACUACUUCGCCGUGUCCGCCCCGGUCCUCAUAGGACUCAGGCUCUAUCUGUACUGGGCAGCCCCGGCGGAGCCUAGAGUGUUCCAGAUUGUUUUUGCUAUCGCCAACGGUCCUCUCGUCAUAGCGGUUUUCUUCUUCCGCAACUCCAUCGUCUUUCACAGCAUAGACAGAAUGACGUCAGUCUUCAUCCACUCGCUGCCUGCUUACGUCACCUAUGGAGUGCGGUGGUACUCUCCCCAAAUAUCUGUGAAUUGGUACACACCUUUCCCGUCUGAGACGGAGUUCCAGGACCCCUCCUUCAUCUGGCUGCUCGCCGUGCCACUCGCCUGCUAUGUCGGCCAUGCUCUGCUGUACGCAGUGGUCGUCAACGGCAUCCUCAGACCCAGCCCGGAGUACUGGAACACUUAUCGGUUCUUCACGGCCAAGAAGAACAGCGUUUGGUACAAGGUUCUCAAUAUGUUUGGCCCAAAAUUUUCAUACUUCAACUACAACAUCCUGAACGUGUUGAUCUGCCUGGCGUCCAUGCUGCUGUGCCAGGUGUGGUACAGAUGGUUCAUCGCGCACGCCGUCUUCCUGGCCGUGGCGUUCGUCAUCAAGGCUUGGAACGGCGCCACCUUCUACACCUUUGCUAGCAUGUGGAGUACAUGCUAG